GCACUGAUGGGUGACACUGAUGGGCACUGAUGGGCGGCACUGCUGGGCACAGAUAUACUUUGACAAGUCAUGACCAGGGGCGGACUGACAACUCAUGGGGCCCCUCAGGCAAUAGGGGAUCAUGGGGCCCCUGUGUCCUUGCCCACACUCAAAAAAGCCUAUGAAAAAGGUACCAGGGGCAUCUCAUGGGGCCCCCUACUGACCUGCAGUCCCCGAGUGCUCAAAUGGUCAGUCCGCCCC